GGUCUCUAUGGGUUCCUAUGUGUCUCUAUGGGGUCUCGAUGGGUCUCUAUGGGUCUCAGUCCCUAUGGUUCCCUAUGGGUCGCUAUGGUUCCCUAUGGGUCGCUAUGGGUCUCUAUGGGUCGCUAUGGGUCCCUAUGGGUCCCUAUGGGUCUCUAUGGGGUCUCUAUGGGUCCCUAUGGUCCCUAUGGUCCCUAUGGGUUUCUCUGGCUCCCACCCCACAGUUCCCGCUCAGCGCUGUGGGGUUUUCCACGCUGUGGGGCUGCCCUCCCUGCUGAGCACUUUGAACGCCGCCGUGGGGCUGAUGGAGGAGCUGCGAUCUGUGGGGCAGGAGGAGCUGCUGCCCAUCGAGCCGCCCCGCAGCCCCACAUCUGUGGGGCGGGAGGACCCGCUUAUGGGGCGGGAGGACCCGCUUAUGGGUCUGGGAGAGCCACUUGUAGGGCGGGAGGCUCUACUUGUGGGGCUGGCACAGGUGGUGGCCAACUCUGCCCCCCAGUGCCCCCUGCGGCCCCACAGCCGCCGCCUCCUGCCCCAUAGCGGGCACCGUUUGCUGCUGGGCCCCACUGAGGACGCCCUGACCCACAAGUGGCAGCGCAGGCUGUCGGUGUCCCCGCGCUGUUUGUCCCUUUGGUUCCCAUUGGUCGCCGUCGGCAGCGCUGAGGGCCGCGUGAAGCUGCUGGAGGCGGGCAGCGGGCAGGAGGUGCAGGAGGUUCCAGCCACAUGCGGCGCAGUGACGGCCGUGGGUUUCAUCAGCAGCGACCGCAUCGCCGUGGGGGGGAGCGGGGGGCGGCGUGGAGCUGUGGGACCUCAGGGGGGGCAGCAGGCUGUGGGCAGCUGUGGGGCACAGCGGCGCCGUGACGGCACUGCAGGGCCAGCAGGGGGAGCUGGGUGAGCGGCUCUGCCGAUGGGAGCCUGGUGGU